UGUAAUCCGACGUGUAAACUGGGAUGCUGGGGGAUCCGUGAAGCCGGGGGCUCCUGGGCAUGGUUCUGCCACCACCAGGCAAUGCAUGUUGUCUGUAUUUUUCUUGAAGAGUAAAUACGCAGCAGUACUGUCCGCACGAGAGAGGCUCUUCUGUUAAAUUUAAGCCGUUUUUUUAAUUAAAAAAAAAAAAAAUUUAUAUAAAUUUUUUGACGGUUGAGAAGAACCACCGGCAGCAGCUACAGGGAGCAGAACUAACAAGCCGCGGCCGCUUAACAGGUGCCGUCGGCCGGCUCUGUGUGGAGAGAUGCCGCCCGUCCAGAGAACGGUGUCUGAUCUUCGCACCCGGUCGGAGGGAUAUGAAAAGACGGAGGACACAACAGAAAGGACGGCCUUAGCUGACCAAGAAGAUGCACGACUGAUAUACCUCAACCAGCCGCAGUUCACCAAGUUUUGCAACAAUCGAGUCAGCACAGCCAAAUACAAUGUCCUCACCUUCCUUCCCCGGUUCCUCUACUCGCAGUUCAGGAGGGCAGCCAACGCCUUCUUUCUCUUCAUUGCACUGUUGCAGCAAAUACCAGAUGUGUCUCCCACUGGUCGCUGGACCACACUGGUGCCACUGCUUUUCAUCCUGGUGGUGGCUGCUGUCAAGGAGUUCAUUGAGGAUCUGAAACGCCACAAUGCUGACAGUGUUGUCAACAGAAAGGAAUGUCAAGUACUGAGGAACGGUGCCUGGGAGAUUGUGCACUGGGAGAAGUUGGCUGUUGGGGAAGUAGUCAGAGCUGCCAAUGGGGAUCACCUCCCGGCUGACCUCGUCAUACUGUCGUCCAGUGAACCACAGGGUAUGUGCUACAUCGAAACAUCCAACCUGGAUGGAGAAACAAACCUGAAAAUCCGACAGGGUCUCCAAAUGACGGUGGAAAUAAAGGACAUCGGCAGCCUCAUGCGUCUCUCUGGGCGGAUGGAGUGCGAGAGUCCGAACCGCCAUCUGUACGACUUUGUUGGGAACAUCCGCCUGGAUGGACACAGUACGAUGCCACUGGGUCCAGACCAGAUCUUACUGAGAGGAGCCCAGCUGAGGAACACUCAGUGGAUUCACGGUGUGGUGGUCUACACUGGACAUGACACAAAGCUCAUGCAGAAUUCCACUCGGCCUCCUCUGAAGCUGUCCAGCGUGGAGCGCAUCACCAACUUUCAGAUCCUUGUGCUGUUUGGCUGCCUGCUGGCCAUCUCACUGGUUUGCUCCAUUGGCCAAACCAUCUGGAAGUACCAGUACGGCAAUGAUGCCUGGUACAUGGAUCUCAACUAUGGCGGGGCGGCUAACUUUGGCCUCAACUUCCUCACCUUCAUCAUCCUGUUCAACAACCUGAUCCCCAUCAGUCUCCUGGUCACACUGGAGGUUAUCAAGUUCAUCCAAGCCUUUUUCAUCAACUGGGACACUGAUAUGCUCUAUGAGCCUACAAACACACCUGCCAUGGCUCGCACCUCCAACCUGAAUGAAGAACUCGGCCAGGUGAAAUACAUUUUCACUGAUAAGACGGGGACCCUCACCUGCAACGUGAUGCAGUUUAAGAAGUGCACCGUCGCUGGAGUGGCCUAUGGCCACGUCCCUGAGGCUGAGGAAGGUAGUUUUGCAGAGGACGACUGCCACAGCACACACUCAUCCGAAGAAGAGGGAUUCAAUGACCCGAGCUUACUGGAAAACCUCCAAAGUAAUCAUCCUACAGCUGCUGUCAUCCUGGAGUUCAUGACCAUGAUGGCCACCUGUCACACGGCAGUCCCCGAGCGCAUAGAUGGAAAAAUAAGCUACCAGGCUGCAUCUCCAGAUGAAGGAGCUCUGGUGAAAGCAGCACAAACCCUCGGCUUUGUGUUUUCUGGUAGAACCCCAGACACCGUCAUUGUGCAAAUGCCUGGAAGAGAGGAGAAAUACGAACUACUUCACGUCCUGGAGUUUACAAGCACGAGGAAGAGGAUGUCAGUCAUCGUGCGCACCCCAUCUGGGAAAAUCCGCCUCUACUGCAAAGGAGCUGACACAGUGAUCUAUGACCGCUUGGCAGACAGCUCGAGGUACAAAGAGAUCACAUUGAAGCACCUGGAACAGUUUGCUACUGAGGGGCUUCGCACGCUGUGCUUUGCUGUGGCGGACGUCAGCGAGUCGUCCUAUCAGCAGUGGCUGGAGAUCCACCACAGAGCCUGCACUUCCCUGCAGAACAGAUCCCUGAAACUGGAGGAGAGCUAUGAACUGAUAGAGAAGAACCUGCAGCUGCUCGGGGCCACAGCGAUAGAGGACAAGCUCCAGGAUAAGGUGCCUGAGACCAUUGAGACUUUGAUGAAAGCGGACAUCAAGAUCUGGAUCCUGACGGGGGACAAACAGGAAACAGCCAUUAACAUUGGACAUUCCUGCAAACUACUCACCAAGAACAUGGGCAUGCUGGUGAUCAAUGAGGACACUCUUGAUAGAACAAGGGAAACGCUCAGCCAUCACUGUGGAAUGCUGGGAGAUGCCCUCUUCAAGGAGAACGACUUUGCUCUCAUUAUUGACGGGAAGACUCUCAAAUACGCCCUCUCAUUCGGAGUGCGACAGUACUUCCUGGACCUCGCCCUGUCUUGUAAAUCUGUCAUAUGCUGCAGAGUAUCUCCGCUUCAGAAAUCAGAGGUGGUGGAAAUGGUAAAGAAACAAGUGAAGGUGAUCACACUGGCCAUUGGUGACGGCGCCAACGACGUGGGAAUGAUCCAGACCGCUCAUGUCGGCGUGGGAAUCUCAGGCAACGAGGGUCUGCAAGCAGCAAACUCCUCUGACUACUCGAUUGCCCAGUUCAAAUACUUGAAGAAUCUGCUGCUUGUCCACGGAGCCUGGAAUUACAACCGCGUAGCCAAGUGUAUCCUGUACUGCUUCUACAAGAACAUUGUCCUCUACAUCAUCGAGAUCUGGUUUGCGUUCGUCAAUGGCUUCUCAGGGCAAAUCCUAUUUGAACGCUGGUGUAUCGGCUUGUACAACGUGAUCUUCACUGCUCUGCCUCCUCUCACUCUGGGAAUAUUCGAACGCUCCUGCAGGAAAGAGAAUAUGCUGAAAUACCCAGAACUCUACAAAACCUCCCAGAAUGCUAUGGGCUUCAAUACAAAGGUCUUCUGGGCCCAUUGUCUGAACGGCCUCUUCCACUCCGUCAUCCUCUUCUGGUUCCCCCUUAAAGCCUUCCAGCAUGAUACAGUUUUUGGCAACGGAAGAACUCCAGACUAUCUCCUCUUAGGCAACAUGGUUUACACAUUUGUGGUCAUCACAGUUUGUCUUAAAGCCGGCCUUGAAACCUCAUCUUGGACCAUGUUCAGUCACAUCGCCAUUUGGGGAAGUAUCGGCCUGUGGGUGGUGUUUUUCAUUAUCUACUCCUCCCUGUGGCCCCUCAUCCCUCUGGCUCCCGACAUGUCAGGACAGGCGGAGUUGAUGUUCUCUUCGGGAGUCUUCUGGACGGGCCUGGUCUUCAUCCCAAUCACCUCGCUGGCCUUUGACGUGGCCUACAAAGUGGUGAAGAAAGUGUGUUUCAAGACCCUGGUGGAUGAGGUGCAGGAGCUGGAGGCUUUGUCCAAAGACCCUGGAGCAGUGGUGCAUGGAAAGAGUUUGACGGAGAGGGCCCAGCUUCUGAAGAACGUCUUCAAGAAGAGCACCGUCAGUUUGUACCGGUCUGAGUCCAUGCAGCAGAACCUGCUACAUGGCUACGCCUUCUCUCAAGACGAGAACGGAGUGGUGUCUCAGUCUGACGUCAUCCGAGCGUACGACACCACCAAGGAGAGGACCAACGAGUGGUGAGCCGCCGGCCCUCCGGUCGGCCAAUCCGGAGCCACAACAGACGCUUCUACUGGCCAUUUUUGAAGCUUAGCAUAGGGGGGAGGGCGGUGCGAACGUGUGCCUCCAGCACUGAGGGGAUAUUUGGACUUGAAUAGGAAAUGGAAAGAAGAGAGUGUCUUUGAAAACGACAACAAAAGGAACAGUUUAAAUUGUGUUCACUAUCGGCUGUAGUUGUGUGUCCAGCAGACACGAGGAGCUUUCUUAGCGGUCUGUGGUCUGGAGUGAACGUCAUUUAAUUAUAUUAACAUCAUACUCAUCAUACACUGUUGUUAUUGAAUUUUAAACACUGGACGAUGAUUAGUUUUAGAGGAUUUGAACUUGUGAAAGAUUGCCAAAGAGCAGUCGUAUAUACAAUCUUUCAAGUACUCGUGAAUUCGGACAACUCUAAACCAAAUGUAAUCACACUCCUGAGUGUAUUCCAGCACUAAACGGACCACUUCAGAGCGGACAUUGUCAUAUUUAUAUUUUCUUUUUGCACUUAAGGAAGCAUCUAUUGUGUGAAGCCUUACAUUUGCUCAUGCCUUCAUCCUUGUUUCUCUUAAACCACAUUUGUUUCUUUUUAUUUGUUGAAGUCUGUCGAUAUCGUGCCUAGUUUUACGUGUUUUAUUUUCCUUUUUAACUCUUUAACAAGUUGCCUCCCGCAACUAGUAGUCCCGUUUUCACCGUCUUUUACAGCAGAAGCAUUGCUCGCGACAAAUAAUUGCAUUCCACACAUCACUCCUGUCUCAACAAUCACAACGGUGCCUACGUAGAACUUUCCCUCAUAGAAGAUAGCCAAGAAUAGUUUAGCCAGCUAGCUUAGACCAGUGCUCCACACACACACACACACACACCAACCUGAAUACAAAAUCACUGUCUCCCCACCACAGUCUUGCACUCGUACAAUGUGAAAACUACUGAGUGCCUUGUGGCACGCGUACAACUAAGAUGUGUUCCUGCAGAGGUGAACGGGAGGCGCUCCGAUGGUCCCGUCUGAGCUCAGUGGUGACGGUGUUCCCCUUAACAUGGAGAUUUUAUCCUUCUAACAUAAGUGCCAUUAGCUUAAGUGGGAGAGAAAUAUUAGCCAGGAAAACUUCACGACAAUAUCAAAACUACUUUGUCUCUAUAGUUAUUUUGUGGAUUUGUAUUUUUAUAUUGGAGAUGUAUGACUUUUGCAUUGACUGGCUUUGUAAUGAACUGUCUGUAACUUUUAUUUGUUUUUUGUUUUCGUCCUCUGAUAAACUGGCAGGAUAGAAUAGAUCGAAAGAGGAAACUGAGCUUUCUUAAAUGUCUUGUUGUUAUUAAUAUUGUUACAGCUUGAUUUAUUUAUAAUUGACUACUUAAUGUCUGUGUGAUUGCUUUCUUCUCCCUGUGGGAGAUCAGACCUCUGGCGGUGUGUGGGAGUGUGUGUCAGUUUCUUGCCUGCAUGUGCAUGUGCAUGUGCUGUAUGUGUGUGUGUGCGCGUGUACUCUGUGUGUGUGUGUGUGUGUGUGUGUGUGUGUAUCACCUCUACCGUGAAUAACGUCUAUGUAUGCAUUGCAUGUCUGUCCUCUAUGUGAAAUACCGGCGUCUCCCGGUUCAAUACUUCUGUCGCGUGUGUGUCAUGUGUGUGUCAUGUGUGUGUCAUGUGUGUGUGCGCAUUUGUGUGUGUGGCUUGCUCCAGUCAGUCUGCACGACUCCAGGUAUAGCUAUGUUGUACUGCUGUGCGCUGAUGCAUGGCCCGUAUGGGAGUGUGUGCGCGUGUGUGUGUGUGUGUGUGUGUGUGUGUGUGUGAUCAAACUCUCGACCUCGACUGUGAGAGUUUAUGAUGCUCAGCUCGCUUCGACAGGAGAUGUUGCACAAUGCACUCGAUGUACCUUUCCAGUGGUGGAUAUCUGGUAUUCUGAUAUCUCUUGAGUGUAAAUGUGUGUAACUCGUUUUCUUCAUGCAGCGUACCUCUGCUUUACAGGAAAGCUCUUUACGGAGGCUGAUGAUUACUUUUCUCUGCCGGUCUUUUAGUAUAAAAUCUUAAUUGAACGUCAUCUUGUCAAAAGGUUUCCGAGCCGCUGAAUGUGGAUGUGGACUGUUGCUUUCUUAUUCCAGAAAACAUAAAACACACGUUGUUGUCUGUGAAAGUCUUGGGCUGCAUGAAUGGAUAACACAAACUGUUCUCUGAAAUGUGUAACUGUCCUACUCUGAUUCUCCCUCAAGUGUUGAUCACUUUACAAAAGAGAAAAAAACCGCACCUUUAACUUUUACUUUUUAACCCUUGUGUUGCCUUAGGGUCAUUUUGACCCGAAUCAAUAUUACACCCUCCCCCCACCUUUGGGUCAUUUUGACCCGAUUCAAUGUUUCACCCUCCUGUUACCUUUAUAUUUACUAACAUAUUUUACCCUUUGGGUUCAAUUUGACGCCAGCAAUUAAAACCUCCAGAAUUAAUAUUGUUUUCCAAGUUUAAGUGUGAGGCACUUUAUGUUUGUUUGUUGACUACCCAAAGAACACCGACAUUAAACAUUGAAUGGGGUCAAAUUAAUCCUAAAGCGGGGGGAGGGUGUAAUAUUGAUUCGGGUCAAAAUGACCCUAAGGCAACACAAGGGUUAAUAUUUGUUUUUUUCCCGUCAUUCUGUUCGAUGAUUGUUCUGCAUGUUGGGACUGCAAACUUCUAAGUGUUGUCUUUUACUGCCAUGAAGGACUACUGAAAUAAAAUGGACAUCAUGCAGGA